AUGGAAACUCAUGGUCACUCUGAAUGGAAAUAUAUUGAUCGAAGAGAAAUUGGUAUCACUUGUGUAGCUUUUAGUGGUGGACAACCGAGACCAGGUGUAGACUUAGGACCAGAAUUUGUCUUAAAAGCGGGUCUUAUUGGUCAACUGAAUGCCAUGGAUUUCAAAACAAUAUUAACCGAUGGUAAAGAAAUUCAUGAUUACAAAGAAUUUUUUCCUGCAUCUGAUGAACCAAUUGGUAUAAUUAAACGACCAAGAGCAGUUGGUAUCGUCAGUAAACACCUUACAGAUCAAGUUUAUCAACACUCAAAAGCAGGACGAAUGGCAUUACAAAUCGGAGGCGAUCAUUCUAUGGGCCUUGGAACAGUUAGUGGUAUUGCACGAGCUACAAAAGAACGUUUUGGUCAAGAUAUUAAAGUUAUAUGGGUUGAUGCUCAUGCUGACAUUAAUACGCCCGAAACAACGGAAACCGGAAAUUUACACGGCAUGCCAUUAUCGUUUCUAACUGGACUUGUCAAGGAAAAUAUUGAAGGAUUAGAUUGGGUUGUGCCUUGUUUAAAACCUGAAAAUAUUGUUUAUAUUGGUUUAAGAGAUGUGGAUAAAGCUGAAAAGCAGAUUCUUAAGCAGUACAAUAUCAAAGCAUUUUCCAUGCACGAAAUUGAUCGGUAUGGUAUUGGCGCAGUGAUGAAUAUGACUAUUGAAUAUUUAUCCAAAGGUGAUACGGCUCAAUCACCUAUUCAUCUUUCAUUUGACAUUGAUGCACUUGAUCCAACUGUUGCUGCAAGCACAGGUACUCCUGUUCGAGGUGGAUUAACAUUUCGUGAAGGACAUUAUAUUUGUGAAGCUCUUCAUGAAAUCGUCCUGCUUUUGAGUGUUGAUAUAGUUGAAUUAAAUCCGACCAUAGGUCACAGUAACGAAGAUACAAUUACUAUCGGAUGCAGCCUUAUUCGAGCUGCAUUGGGCGAAAGUCUUUUGUAA